ACAAAUGAACAGUUAAAAAAUAUGUCUUUAAAAAUUAUUUAAAGGGUCUAGGGGCACGUUGGCCUGCGUAUUAGGCCCAUACAUUUAAACUAAGUACCUCAACUGCCUGAAAUGUAAGCAGCUUUUGUAGGUAUCGAUUCGGUUCUAUGUUCAGUGGAGGCCCAGUUCGACGAGCUCAGCGUCAGUUAGAACAAAAAACACAAUGAAGGAAAUGGAAUAUGUUCAUCAGAACAGAUCAGAAAAUGUGCCUUUAGAAGACAAAGUGCAGAAGAAACAGCUCGGUGUCCAUCAGCCGCAGGAUGUGGAUAAACCCCAAACAGCUGAAGAUCUGCAUCUUUGGGGGAUGAAAGACGAGGUUUCUUGGAGUCUAAAUCUGGGCCAGCAGGACCCAAAGCCUUUCUACAUAAAGGAGGAAGAGGAGGAACUUCGGAUAAGUCAGGAAGGAGACAAGCUGCUCGGAGGAGAUGAAACUGAAUACGCUAAAUUCCCAAUCAAUGUUGUUGUAAAGAGUGAAGAUGAUGAAGAGGUACCUGAGUCCUCACAUCUUCAUCAGAGUCAAACUGACACCAGAGAAGCAGAACCUCCAACUAGCAGCUCGUUUAAAUGGAUAAAAACAGAAAUGGAUGGAGAGGACUGGGGAAGACUUGAACUUAUCUGGAAGUCAGACCCAAACAAUAUCAAACUAAGUAAACACAGAAGGGCUGGAGACUCCUCUGAAACUGAAGCCAGUGAAGAAGAUGGUCAUCAUCGGUAUAGUAACUGGCAGCAACCAAUGGCAGUGACUGAAAAUCGAUGGAUUGGAAGCCAGUUGGCAGAGUCAGGCAUGAACAGUGAUGCAGGCUGUAAUGCUGCCAAAAAGGCCUUCAGCUGCUCCGAGUGUGGAAAACAGUUUCUGGAUGAGCAGUCUCUCAAGAGACACAUGAGACGUAACACGGAAAAAAGUUCUUCUGACUGUUCAGUUGUUCAGAAAUGUUCUGAAGUGAAGCAAAAUGCAGAUACACAGACCAAAGUCCACACAGGCAAGAAAAACUUCAGCUGUGAGAUAUGUGGCAAAACUUUCAGAGAUCAUUUCAGCCUUACAUCUCACAUCAGAGUGCACACUGGAGAGCAGCCGUUUGGGUGCGAAGUAUGUGGUAAAAGGUUUAAGCACCAGCAUGACGUGAAGAAACACAUGAGAGUCCACACAGGGGAGAUGCCAUUUUGCUGCGAUGUUUGUGGUAAAAGAUUCAAGCAUCAACACAACCUGAAGACGCACAUGAGAAUACACACAGGGGAGAAGCCUUAUGUUUGUGAUAUUUGUGGGAAAAGGUCCAGGUUUCAGCAUAACCUGAAAACACACAUGAUAAUCCACACAGGAGAGCGGCUGUUUGACUGUGAUCUUUGUGGUAAAAAGUUCACUUGUAAGAAAAGUCUAAAAGCACAUGAGUCUGUCCACACUGGAGAGAAACCGCACAGCUGUGAGAUCUGUGGUAAAAGUUACAAACGAAAAACACACCUUAGGACUCACAUGACGUCCCACACUGAGGAAAGGCCUUUUGGCUGCGAAGUUUGUGGAAAACGGUUUAACCGUAAAACAUACCUUGAGACGCACAUGGCGGUCCACACAGGCGAGAAGCCUUACAGCUGUGACUUCUGUGGUAAAAGAUUCACCAGGAAAACUCAUCUGGAUUCACACAUUAUAGUCCAUACAGGAGAAAAACCGUUUGGCUGUGCGGUCUGUGGGCAGGAAUUCACCCAACAGGGAAGUUUAGACCGACACAUGACAUUGCACUUAGGGUAACGGGUGUUUGAGAGAAUGCAAUGACAAGUCUAGUAAGCUAGGUAGCUGUAUGUUUACAAAUUGAUCUUUUUCUUUAAUUGGGCUCUCCUGACAGUCUUUACUUGUUUCUAGUCUCAUGUAGUCUGACCUCUAGGCAGAAAUUAGGCAGAAUACAUCAUAUGAAAACCAAUAGAUCCAAAAGAAUUAUGGAAAGUUAACUGAAAAGCAAUUGAGUAGAUUCUUAAGUAGUGAAGAAUGAGGUUGAUAGGUUUGAAGAUUACGUUUAGUAAGUAUAGUAGUAUGGGGGUGGGGGGGGGAGUGAUGUUGCGUAUCUUUCUGCAUAACUACAGUAACUACAAACAAUAUAUGGGUUGGUAUGAAUUUGUUGUUCCUCUAAUUCUAACUAGUUGGGGGGAAUAUGUGAUAUAUAUAUAUAUAUUCUGUAUAUAUUUUGGGAGAAUUUCAUUUUCAAGUGUCAGCUUUAGUUUGGAGAGACUCCAGCUCUAAGCCUUGAAAUCUGCUGACUAAUUACUGCUUUGGCUCAUGUAACAGUUUGUGUUGCAUCACAAUAAAGGAUUUCUUAAAACACUAAAUACCACUUUUUGUAAUAUGUAUUUUUUAUCAACUUAUUGCCUUCAACUAGACAUUAGGCUGCGCUCCUUAUUGGCAAAUCUGGUAGAGAUGUUUAAAAAGUAUGUAAAUCCAUGUGCUUAGUUACUUUAUCAGUCACAGUGGAAGCCAGUCUGUGCAAAGGACAUGAAGAUAUAUUGUUUUUACACUUGCCUUCAUGAAAAAAUACUAUACACUUAUUAAUAAUCACAAUAUAAAAUAAAACAUAUAUACACAAAACA